AUGUUGAAUUCACACAUCGAAACUCAGUUAAAAGAUGCUGAAGAAUUUGAAAAAGAUAUUUCUGGAAGUGAUAAAUACAAUGAACAAAUUAUGUCUGCAAAGUUUAGAAUUAAAAUAAGAUUGUAUAAAUGUAAUGAAAAAACUGAUAAGAUAUCAAAUGCUGACCUAGACUAUCCUCCGAAAAAUAUUAAGGAUUUGUUAAAAGAUAGGGGAAUAAUUUUAGCGGAUGUUGAUCACGAAUCUUUAGAUAACAACAACGUAUCUUUACUCAUUGGAGCUGAUAAUUAUUGGAAAUUAGUAAAGGAAAAAAUUGAACGCUUGAACUCAACAUUAGUUACAAUGGAAACCAAAAUGAGUUGGAUUUUAAUGGGAAAACUGUUUGAUCAUAUUGAAACUAGCGAAAAUGGGACUCAUGCCGUCGCAGUGACUUCUUUAUUAAUUCACUCAUCGAAGAUUGAAAAUUUGCGGAAAUUAGAUUUAUUGGGUAUUCGAGACCCUGUUGAAACAAAAUGCAGAAAGGAAAUGGAAAUUACCACAUUGAAUCAUUUUAACAAAACUGUUACCUUUGAAGAGGGAAGAUAUGAAGUUCAUUUGCCUUGGGUGAUAGAAAAGGACUGUUUAAGUCAAAAUUUCGAUAUUGCUAGACAGCGUUUAAACAGUACGACACACCAGUUGAUAAAAAAGGGCAAAUUCGAGGAUUACGAAAAUGUUUUCACAGAUUGGUUAAAUGAUGGAAUUAUAGAAGAAGUCUCUGAACACGAAAUGAAUAAUCGGUGUCUUUAUCUACCACUUAAAGGGGUAUUCAAAGAAACUUCGACCACGAAACUGCGACCGGUAUUUGAUGCUUCCUGUAAAGACAAAAAUUUGCGCUCACUUAAUGAUUGCCUAGAAAAGGUUUCAAAUUUGUUGGAACAAAUUAUUUCUAUAAUUUUAAGAUUUCGCAAGAAUAGAACAGGAGUUAUUUCAAACAUAAGAAAGGCCUUUUUUGCAAAUGUCAGUGAAUAA